CAGGCACGCGACAUUACGAACCAGACCAAAAUGAGUGGGAAACGUCUAUUUUUAAAAUGAUCAAAUAUGAGCUAGGACGUUUCCGAUUAGAUCAGGUCCUUUGCGUUAAGAAAACGAUUUCGGAAUUUUUACGGGCUCAAGAUAAAGUUGGUUCUGUAUCUAGCAGUGUCGAAUAAGGAACAAGAAUAUAAGUAUUACUUUGAGAAGAUCAACGCAUAUUAAUUGAAUAGUGAUAGAUAAACGAAUCUUGUGCUUGUAGUUCAUAUAAUUAAUGUACCCACAUAGUAGCCCAUAAGAUAUAAUUAAUGAUUAAUAACUAAUACCAAGAAUAAUACAUUAAUAAAUUAUAAUAAAGACAGUUAUGAUAGAAUCGAAAUAUCUUGCGAAUACCAAAAUCAAAGAUUAUGGAUACGACAUACAACAUCCAUUACAUGCGGGUGAUUUUGCAGCAUAUACACCUAAGUAUCUACCUGAAGGUCAUGACUACGAAUAUGAUUAUUACAAUGUAAAUGAUGACAAUGAAGAGGUAUACGAUUAUGAUAAUAAUGAGUAUGGAUAUGAUGAUGAUUCAGAUCUUAUAUUAGCAUCAAACCGACGGAUUCAAAGUGGAGAGCCAAAAGAAGAAACUCUUCAAGGUGUAGAAGAAAAUGAAGACGAACGUAAUCCAGAUGAGAUAAAUUGCCAAGCAAGAGCAUUGUUCAAUUUUGAACCCGAGAAUGAUAAUGAGAUUGGAUUAGUAGAAGGUCAAAUAAUUUGGAUAAGUUAUCGUCAUGGUCAUGGAUGGCUAGUGGCAGAAGAUCCAUCCACUGGCGAAAAUGGGUUAGUACCAGAGGAAUACGUUCAAUUGAUGAUAUCAUCAAAUACAGAAGAAUUAGAUGAACCUAAAAGGUUUUUGCCCGAAUUAUUAAACAAUUUACAAGAAGAAGAUGAAGAAGGAGCUGAAGGCGAAUGGGUAGAUACUGAGGAUGAAGACGAAGAUGAUGAUGUUGGUCGUAGAACGGAAGAUGAAGAGUUAACAUCAAAGGUAAAUAAUCUACAUAUCGGAUAAUAGUGUAUAUGUAAUAAUGUAAUAUUUAAUAACGAUUAUCACAGUCGCGCAUCGGAUAAAAAAAUGUAUGUACAAAUGUAUGUAAUUUUUGCAUCAACACCAUUUGAAUAGCAAAGUCUGAUCUGACAACUUCAAUGAAAGAUGGAUCAAAUGGAAGUAACAUCAAUAAGCACACCAGAAGAAGUGAUAUGACAAAUAAAGUAGACAAACCAAAGAUUUCAGUGAGAACAUUCCAAGGUAAUGCUCGAUACAUUGAUUUCUACAAUCGGUUUGUUGAGACUACAUUCGCAAAUGUACCAUAUAUAACUGAGAGUUCACAUUUGAGAGCAUCAUACAACACAGUCGAUAAGGUUUAUUAUAGAUAUAAUGGUUAUAGGGAUAAUAAUAUAAAUGAACAGAAAAACGAUCUGAAACAAAGAGAGGAUGGUGAAA